CGACAUGUGCCGCGUUGGUUGCUGGCUGGCGAUGUGCCUGUUUCGAACGCGUUGAGCGAUUCGAGAAGACGACUCGGGUGCCGAAGCAUGGUGCCGUCCUCUCGUGAUGUGUUACGUCGCGGCGCGCGAGAAGACCAUUCGCGAUUUUGGUCGUCGCCUCUUGCACGCGCUGUCUGCGGCACGUCUCUUACUCAAGGCAUCGGCCUCGAAGCUUGGCUGUUCAUCGCUGGCAGCUAGGCAGACGUGUUGUCCUCAGAAAUCUUUUUGUGUUGCGAUUUCUAAGGCGCCCUUCACCGUCUUCUUUUUUAGUUGGAAUUUCUCGUGCGGCGUUCCUCUCAGACCUUCAGUCAAAAUAUCCGUCUUUCUCAAAUGCAGUUUAAACGCAGCCUCGCCUGACGAGAGACUCUGGCAACCGUCCCCUGUCCAUUGUGGAGCCGUUCCUAAGCAGCAACUUUUUGAGACUCGACACUGGCUGAACGAAGCACAUUCCUCCUUACUGACCGAACUCCCGCGUGUACUUUUGCCUUUGCGUUUCGGGUGGAGUUCCCUUUCUCCCGCCAGGACUUACUGAUCAGAAAGCGGUUUUUUUGUUGUUCUUGCAAAAGUUCUCGUGGCUCGACCGCGGGCCGGACUAGGGGCCAGCGCGAUUCUGAUUUGCACCCGGUCGCCCUCUGCGUGUGUGCCGAGAACCUCUCGGAUACUUCCACCUAACUCCAAAGACUAGUCUUCCUGUUUGUUGUCAGAAUGUUUAAGGACUGCGCCGAUCCUUGCAGCGAUUGCUGCCAGCCUGCUGAACAGCAGCGCGGCCAGGCCACCCUUCCCUCGCACGUGGUCCUACCUCAGACGUCCGACAGCCCGGCCAUCCACGUGACUGCCGAAGCUUCUCAGCGACUCAGCUCGCCCAGAGCUCUGCAACAGCUCCACGGCACCCAGGAAUCUGUCCGAUCUGUCACUCUUGAAGAGCGCGCUGAUCGGUCACGAACCGUCCCCAUCGGUGAAGAGACUGAGAGACAAUGGGUUGCCAUCACUGCAUACCAGCCUAUUGACACCGUGACGAAGACGGUCGAGGUGCCGGUUGUGCGCACUGUGGAGACCUACGUCCCUAAGGUCGUCGUCGAAGAGAAGAUCGUCGAGGUGCCCAAAUAUAUCCCCGAAUACGUUGAGAAGGUGGUUGAGGUACCUGAGGUUCAGUACGUCGACAAAAUCGUCGAGGUUCCCGAGUACCAGUACGAGUACAAGUAUGUCCCUAAGAUUGAGACCAAGGAAAACAUUAUCCAGCGCCCGAAGUAUGAGACCAAGUACAUCGAGAAGGUCGUUGAGGUCGCCCAGGUCAAGGAAGUCGUCCGCUACCAGGAUGUCGAGGAAGUGGAGGAAAUUAUUCGCUACGUGCCCAAGGACUCUGUUGUUCCUGAGGAAUGGAAGCGCAUCCAAGAGGAGCAGGACAAGCGUGAGGCAGAGUUGAAGGAAAAGGAGGCGAAGGAGGAGGAAGAGCUCAAAGGCCUCCUGGAAGAGGAGCGCAAGCUACACGAGGAGAGAGUCCGCGAGCAGAUCAAGGUCCAGCAGCAGAUCAUCCAGCAGCAACUUUCUGCCCGCGCCGAGCAGGAACGCUUGCUCAAGGAGAGGCGCGAGGCCGAGAUGGUCCACUUCCCCGCUGUCGAAGGUGCCCCUCCUCUUCCCACGAUCCCCAAGGUGGAGCAGGUCUUCAAGCCUAAGGUCAUCAAACAGGUGGAGAUUCAGAAGCACGUGCCGAUCUCCGUCGACGUCCCUGUGCCCUACAUGGUCCCGAAGCCCGUUGUUGUGUCCGUCCAGGUGCCCGUGCUGAAGUUCCGUGACCACUUCGUGCCUGUUCCGGUUCGCCGCCGCGUCGUGCCUCGCAUCCGCUGGACAAACGAAGUGUAUGAGGUCGAGUGCAUCAAGGAGAAACCAUUCUUGCAGGUGCAAGACGUGAUCAAGCCAGUUCCUUGCGACGUCGAGAUCCGUGUCCACGAGUUUGUCGAGCGAGCAGCCCCGAUCAACCCCGCAGAGCUGUCUCAGGCAGACAUCCACGCCAUGUGGAUGCGCGUCAACGCCGACCUGGCGGAGAAGCGCAAGCAAGAGCUGGGCGAUAAGUACCCGUACGUCAAGCACCCGGCUGGAACCGUCUUCGGCGAGCCCGGAUGCAGCGAGGAAGAGGGCGAAGUCGAAAGCGCUCAGGCCGAAGAAGGCGGCCAACCGGCUGGCGCCGAACCACUUGCGCUCCACCCGGGUCACCCGCUCAACAUGACCUACCUCCAGAACGAGUGGAUCAAGAAGAGCACUGUUACCACCCACGAGAUGUACACUCCUGAGUGGUUCGAGGCCCACCAGAAGGCCCUGUUCAACUUGACGAUGCAGCAGCCGACUCAGGUGCAGCUGAGCGCAGAGCAGGCAGCCAAGCUUCAGCAACAGGAGGCCCAGUUCGGUGACGCGCCGUGGAUCGAAGAGGCACAUGCUGGAGUACCGAUGAAGCCCGCAGCGCCAGAACCGGAAGCUGCCCAGUGCUGCGUCAUGUGCGCGGUCUGCGGCGGUGAUGGUGUGUGCCGAUGCCAGUGCUAAGCGCCACAGGGUAUCGCAAAAAAUUGUACAAGUAUACCACGCUGAAGGCCUUGUGCGACGGGAAUUUCUGGAAUCUGACCUCGGUCUACGGGAUGACAAGGGAGCCGCACCACUGUAACAGGUGGAUGCACCUCAGCCUGGCACGGGAAUUUCAAGUUUUAUAGUCGUUUCUUUUUCGUGAUCUGAACCAUACUUGUGCCUGCUUGGAGAUGUGUCUCAACGUCGAACGUGGGAAACACGCGACGUGGACGGCGCGGAAGCACGUGCCGCGUGGGUGCAGUCCUACGCAGGCGGGAAGUGAAAGAGAAUACGCGAAGUUUAGGGCGGGCCAGGCAGCUGUUUAUUUUUGUUUUUCUCGAUUUUGGCGUGAUGAAACGUAUUCACACCCGUGUCCUGUAGCGGGGGUUCUUUGUCACGCGUUUCGAGUGCCCUCGGACUUGAAGUUUGUGCGUAUCCGCUGCCAGGCGACGUGCGCAAAUUCACCUCACUUUACAUGCCAUAUGCUCAAAUUUUACAACCAAACAGAA